AUAAACAUAGAUUAAAUUAUAUUUUUGAAAAAUUAAUAUGAUAUAAUAAUAUUAAAGAAAUAUAUAGAUAUAUAUAAGCGCUAAGCAUGAAUAAGAAUAUAUAAAUAUUUUUGAUUUCUUUCAAAAUAGUAAAUUGUCUAGGGUUUUUUUUCUUUUACUAAUAUUAAAUAUUUGGAUACAAAUGAGUACUGGCCCUACUGGGAAUGGAGAUAGAUCUUAUUAUUCAUUAAAACAUGAAUCUCAUGGACGUGACCAAGUUAUCAGAAACCCACCCACAUGCCUGAAUUUCAAUUAAUGCCAUUCAAAGGAGUUAAGAGGGGCCAAGCAUUGGAAGCCUAAAAAGAUGCCCCUGCAUUUGCUUUCACAUUCACAUUCGCUAGGCGUCUUCCAUUAGCCAACGGCCCAUUUGUUGGUUCGCCUUGAGCCCCUCUGCUUUUCUCACUCUCCGUCUCCCUGCAAAAUCAAGUGAUUAUACACACAGAGGCAUAAUGUCGAAUCAGUGUCCGAUAUUUCCCAUGCCCGAGCCUCACCACUUCAGCGACUAUGGCUUUGAUCCUCAAAUCGACUACUUUCAGGUGCUGGAGGAGGCGAGGAAGCACAAGCGCGAGGCGAGAUCCAUUGAUUCUCUGCACUUCAAGCUUCAGAAGCCCAUCUCCAAGGACGACUCCAAGAAGAGCGGCAAGAUUAAGAGGAAGCGAUGGUGGAGAAGCGCUCUCCUCUUCUUCAAAUGGAGGUGGACCCACAGCGACAGUCGUCUCCACCGCGACGACGACGACGACGACGACCGUGAUGUUCACCGCGCUAGAGCCAGAGCCUUCAGGGCCUCCAUUUCAGGCCCGGUGUAUAUCACCGAGAGCAGAAGCGGCUCCUCCACGCCGUACAGAACUUCCAGCCGGCCCUCCUCUGGGCCUCUCGCUGGAACACUAACCCCGGCUAGGAGAGGGGAGGUGGAGAUACCUUAUCUCAGCCUCAGAGAGCUCAAUCUGGAGCAGCAACAGCAGCAACAUAGAAUCUCAACCUCUGCCGCCAUGCCCAUAUACCUAGUUACUUAGCUACUGUUUGGUUGGUUAGAAUCCUGAAAGUGGUUUUCUCUGCUUUUUAAAUGCUAAAAUCAUCCCAUUUCUGUUUUUUUAUUUUUUGCUUUCAAAAGCGAAAAAAAAAAAAAAUCUUAAAACCAAAUGAAGGUUUGUGUUUAGAUUUGGUUAGCCUUGUUUAUAUUUCAGGUUUCUGCCCAUUUGGGUUGUGCAAAUCUCUUGUAGAGAUUUUGGAUUCUCCCUUGCUUUUUUUUAAUUUCUGCAAUAGAGAAACUCCUCGUUUGACCAA